CAAACCCGUGACCUCAUCUAAGCCUUCUCCCUCCCGAAUGUCUUUCCUUGUUGAAACCUACCACACCACCCCUUGCGAACACUCCCACGAGCAUCGCCGUCAUACAUUCACUCCGAAGGGCAUAUAAUCAGAACGCUAGUAAAAUCCCUAUGGAAUUGCAUUUGGAUGUUGAAUCACAAUAGGUUUGUGAGGGAGUAGCAGUGGCAAGAGGUGAUCUGCCAUGAUUCUACAAGGACCCUACGGUGGAUUGGGGGCGACAUGGUCGUGAAGCAAGGGUGGGUUUGUGGGGGAGCAGCAACGGCAAGGGUGAGGUGUUGGGCAAUGGCAACUGCUGGGGUGAGAUGUUGGGAGGUGGACGGUUGGAUUGCAGGAGGAAGAAAAAUAAGCAGGGGUUAGGGAUGAGUGUGGUGACAAGAAGAAGAAGAAGAAAGGGUUUUGUCCAUUUUUUAUUUUUAUUUUUUCGUCAUAGUAACCCUAAAAGCCCCAAACUACUGGCUCAUCGUAUUUUUAUUUUUUCGUCAUUGAGCGGUCUAUAUUUGUUUUCUCUCUCUUGUUGGUCUAGAGGGUCUGUAACUCUCUUGUUCCAGAGUCCAGACUUCAUUCUACUUGACCAAUGCUUUUUUUUUUUUUUUGUCUCUUUGCUUUUUAUCAUUUAUUUUGCUGUCUCACUUCAUAUGGUUUUGAUAAAUAGUAGGAAAUCGACACCAUGGCAAAGGUAGAUCCAACAAUAGGAAAAUGUGAGUGGUGAAGCUAUUGAAGGACUGGGAAGGAUGUGCAUCGAAUAGGUUCUACACCCACAAUGGGUAGCUGCCUAAGCAAGAAGGGCUCCUCUCCUUCUACAGAUUCUACCCGCACAAUGAGUGGCUGCCUAAACAAGAAGGGCUCCUCUCCUUCUUCAGCUAUUGACAACGCAGAUGCUCCACCAUCAGUUCCGACUUGCAAAGCUGAAAAAGAGGACCGAAGAGAGCAGAAGAAGGCAGUACAAGUCCAAGAAAUCGUGAAGAAGGAGGUAUUCCUCAUAAAACAGCGGAAAAGUCAUGAAAGACGCCCUGAAGAAAAAGGAGCAGAAGCAGGAAAUACUGUCAAAGACGAGUUCAACAGCAAUGGAAGCCAUGUCAACGAAACUAACGUAGGAAGCACGGCAACUAUGAGGACAUCAAGCUGCACAAAAGAAGAAGUGGAUGCAAUCCUGAUACAGUGCGGAAGGCUAAGCAGAAGCUCCUCUGGGAAGGUUCCUGGUACUUCAGAAAACAGCAACAACAAUAAUUCUCGUGGCCUCGGCAGCAGCGGAAGCAGGAAAUACUCUGGUUCUAAGAGAAGCUAUGAUUUUGAUCACGACGAUUCCAACAAGAAGAAAGGGAGCAAUGUCGAUGCUGACGAUGAAGCAGAGGAGGAUGAGGAGGAAAAGCAACAAUUGUACCAACGCCAAUCUAGGCCUUCUCGAAGCCACAGGAGAACCCCCAGCAGAGAAAAGGAUGUCGAUUACAAGCGCUCCAGCAGCAGAGACCACGUUUCUCCCUCUGCUGAAGAAAGGAGGCGAAGCAGUGGCAGUGGGAGGAGGGUCAGUCGCUCCCCUGGUAGGUCAGAAAAUCCCACUGCUGUCACCGGCCCUGCAUCUAAUCCUGGCCCUGACAAAUCUAGGCCAGGAAGGAUGGUGUCAGUGCCUGCUUCUGUUUCCAAGGAAAAGAGCACUUCCAUCCCAGAUCCUGGUACGGGAAUCAAACGGGUUUCUGGGAAGAGAAGUGGCGAGAAUGGAGGUGGCCUUAGGACCGCAUCAUCACCACGUUCACAGUCUCCUGCUAACACUAGAGCACCAAACGAGAACGGCCAACAGGUGCCCUCCCUGAGUCGCAACUCGUCUAAGAAAGCAGAACAUUCUCCUUACAGAAGAAAUCCAAUGAGUGAUAUCGACGAGAACAUUCUGAGAAAUGAACAAGUUUCCUUGAGCAAGGCCACAUUCAACAAAUUACAGAGGAACAGAGAAGGUUCUGAGGAAGGACUGACAAAGAAACUAUCCCAGCUUCAGUCCGUGAAACCUGAUGAGAGAAAAAAUGGAGUAUUCACAGAACAUCCACCAGGGACUAAAGGAGCUAAUGACAAUAAUAUCAGAGGCCUACGAGAGAACAAUGGCAUGGGUUGCAAAGCAAAGGAGCAGCAGCGUGUAGUAGAAGAACGUGAGGUUGCUGUAACAGUCGCAGCCACUGGAGCUGAUGACCUGAAACCCCAAACCAUAACGAGAAGCAGGUCCUCUAGGAGGUCAAGAGACCUUGAUCUCAACCUUGACACACUCCUGAAUCCUACAUCCUAUGCUUCAAUGCUUCUAGAAGACAUACAAAAUUUCCACCAACAGAACAUGACUGGUUUUUCUCUCCCACCUUGCGUUACCAAGGCCUGUUCCAUUCUUGAAGCAGUUGCGGAUCUCAAUUCAUGUACCAGUUCCAAUCUCUCUUCUGUUUUCUCGGAUGACAGAAUCUCUGAAGCAGAUCGAUCACAGAAAAAUGUUACCUGCAAUUCCCAUUUUGAGAAGAGGAUGGAAUCCAAGGGCCCAUUUUUGGAAUCUGAGGUUGGGCUGAUUAAUGAUCUAAUGGAACCAAGCCUCCACAAGUACGUCACUGUGAGGAGGGGUGCAAUGGGAGGAGAGAUGGAACAGCAAGAAUCCUCCGGAAGCAACAGCUUCCUGAAUCAACACUGGGCUUCAUCUUCGUGGGAUCCCAAUUCAGCUGAUUCAGCUGAGCGUUGGAGUUCACAGUCAAAUAAUGGAGAUGAAGUGGUAGAAAAGGAGCAGCAACGAAGGUCAAGUCCCUCAGGCUGUCAGAAGCAGGCAUUUUCGGAACCCACCAGAGAAAUUCAAAUGGGUGGAAGGAGAUCAAAGCAAUGUGGUAAUGAGGGGACUCCCUUACCCACUGUGAUGCAAAAUGGGAGGAAAAGACAGACAACUCCUAUUGCUGUUGCAGCUGCUUCAUCUUAAGGUUUGUCUCUGCAGUGUGUCUAAAGUUUCAAACUUGGAACUUCUCGGGUGGUACAUCUGCAGAGACCAAGCAAUGUCCUCAUGUCUCUUUAGUGUCUGUAUAAUUGUACUUCUGGUUCAUCUCUAGUCAUGGGCCUCAUGGCAAUUGAUACAAGCACUGUGGAUUUUCUGAGGAGCUAUCUAUCAAUUUAUAUCAGAUACAAAUGAAUCUUCUACUUUUACA